GCAGCUGUGCUGCUGGGACGGCCUCCACGGCUCCCCCUGCGGGCAGCGUGGCGCCGGCGCCGUGGACCUCGGGCGGGCACAGCGGGGCCGCUGCCGCCACGUCGUGGACCUGCCGCUUCUGCCAUGGCAGGGAUGGGCAGGCCUGCAUCAACAAGGCCUUCCGCACGGAGUGCAACAUGUGCGGCCUCGCCAAGGGCAACUGCUUCCUGGGGAAGGUGGUGCCCAAGGAGCCGUCCCCAGCGCCCACACAGCGCGAGAAGGACCUCAAGGUCAAGGAGGCUGCGCUUCGCAAGCGCGAGGCCGCCCUCGAGAAGGCCGAGAGGGAGGUCCAGGCUGCCCAACCAGCGUCAGGAGGCGAUGACAGCCCUGGUUCCGCCGACAUGGCCAAGGCCGACCGGCUCCGUGCCGACCUGGGCGCCUUGGACGGCAUGGAGGGCACCGGGGUCGAACAGCUCCGCGCGGAGAAGCGCGAGCAACUUCGCACCCUGCAGGCCGCGCGGCUGGCGGCCAAGCAAGCGCACAUCCAGCUCAAGGAGCUCGACGAGAAGCUGCAGCGCAAGCGGAAGGUUGUCGAGCGCCUGGCGCUUACCGACAUCCCCGCGGCCGAGCAGAAGGUCGCCGCGCUGAAGGCCGAGCGCGCCAAGGCGGCUGCGGAGGCAGCGGAAUUGCAGAAGCAACGGGACAACCUGGUGCCGGCUGCGGUGCACUCGGCGAUUCCCAAGGAGCUCGAUAGGCGCAUGGCAUGCGACGCGGCGGCCAAGACUGCAGAGUGGCGAGCCUGGGUGGUCCAGGCGGCUCAGAAAAGCGGGCGACACGCCGACAGGUAUGCUAGGAAAAAGCUGGAGGACGUCGGCGACCUCAUGGCGGAGGACGCGUCAAGGACCUCGCGCCCAAGGAAUGGGCAGCAGGCUGUGCAGCGCAUCCUAGACGACCGGCAGCACCUGUGGACUCACAGGCGCGCUGGCGAUGCUCACCCUUCCGAGUGGGACGUCGGCGACGAGGAGCUACCGCCCCUCACGGUGGAGCAGCUGAAAGACGUGCGCGGCAGGUACACCGAGUCCGCUGGGCUCGGCUGGGACGGGCUCAACCCGAGGGUGCUGCUGCAGCUGGGCGACGAUGCACUCGAAAGGCUCCUCGACAUCAGUGUCGAGGAGCAACCAGGCGCCUUGCUGGCCUUCCAAACGCAAAUGAUCUUCAUUGCGAAAGCGGGAG